AUAAUACUCAUUUGUACUUUUAGGAACAACUCAGGAUCUGCCACGUGUUCCACAACCUCGGAAGCUAUAAGGGCGUCGUAUGAGUCCUCGUUAUUCUGAGAAAACUCUUCUAUAGUUGUGCAGAAACUGUUGUCAGGAAAAAUAUCUAUCAGAUCAAUCGGAUGCAGCAUGAGAUACAUCUGAACACGCAACGACGCACGUCGAGAGAUAGGGGACUUUGCGCCUUGAAAGGAAGAGGAGGAGGAGCAUCCGCCACGAGGAGCAAAAACAAAGCGCCACUCAAGUGCCAGCAGUUCGAUCCGCGAUCGCGUCCAACAUGGAUUACUUCACGAGCGAUUCCGAGCAGCUGAUCGGCAGCGAUUUGCUCUUAUCAACUGCGCCGAAUCUCUCGGUCACGCGACACAGUGAGCUUCGGAAAGGUGCUGGCAUUUUGGGGACGAUCUUCUUGAUCGUGAACACCACGCUGGGUGCUGGACUGUUGAAUUUUCCUCAGGCGUUCGACAAGGCUGGCGGAGUGGGAACCUCGGUUGUGGCGCAGCUCGGUUUUCUCGUGUUCAUCACGGCUGCUCUGGUGAUACUGGCCAGUUGCAGUGACAGAACGGGCACGGACACCAUGCAGGACGCGUUCGCCGGAUUGUGCGGCUCCAAGUCGCUCAUAUUCUGCGGGAUCUGCGUCGCCAUUUACAGCUUCGGCUGUUGCCUAACGUUUCUUAUACUCGUUGGCGAUCAGUUCGACAGAGUGUUCGCUACGUUUUACGGACUCAACUAUUGUCACACUUGGUACUUAUCCAGACCGUUCAUAACAGCUGUGACUAGCAGCGCAUUCAUACUGCCCUUGUGCUUCUUCAAGAGACUGGACGUUCUGAGCUACGCGAGUUCCGUUGGUUGCGUAACCAUCGUAUAUGUCGUGUGGUUGAUAAUCUACAAAAGCUUCACCGUGCCGGACAACGUGGUAGUGCCACCCAUGAAGAUCUGGCCGGACAACGCUUACGAGGUUCUGCAGAUAGUACCCAUCGUCUGCUUCGCUUACCAGAGCCAUAUGACGGCGAUACCAACCUACGCCUGCAUGAAGGACCGCCGUCUAAGCAAGUUCACCUUCUGCGCCGUGAUCAGUAUGCUGAUCUGCUUCGGCGCGUACAGCGUGGUCGGUUACUUCGGUUACGCCACGUUCGGCAGCGGUAGAGUGCCGAGCGACAUUCUGCAGGCCUAUACGGACAAGAGCGCCGUGCUGACCAUCGCAAUAAUCGCGGUUGCCGUCAAGAACUUCACCACUUAUCCUAUCGUGCUCUAUUGCGGCCGGGACGCGCUCUUCGGCAUCUUCAACAUUGAUCUCAAUCGUAUCGGCGUGCGGGUGAUCGUCACGCUGAUCUGGUUCAUCGCGUCGUUGGCGAUCGCUAUCCUCGUGCCCGACAUCUCACCGGUCAUCAAUCUGCUGGGCUCGCUCUCCGCGCUGUUCAUCUUCAUACUGCCGGGCGUCUGCCUCUUGCAGAGCGUGCUUCUCAAGGAUCCGGAAUUGCAUCUGAAUAAAGAUCGCCUGUUGAUCGUCUUCGCGAUCCUCCUGACCUCGCUCGGCGCCUUCGUGUGCGGCGUCGUGUUCGUGGAGGCUCUUCAGGAUCUGCACAAAGCACCGACUAAACCGCCGCUGGUGACCGGCUUCAGACAACUGAAAGAGAGUCUGUGCGUUUGAUAUCGUGUUCAAUAUCAUGUGUUCACGCCCGCUCGAGGUGCACUUGACGCCGCGCGAUUUGCAAAACUCGGAAGUGUUUUUUAGCGUUGGUAAUGGAUGCGAUCAAUUUCUACGCUAAUUAUCUCUCUCUCUCUAUCGAAUCUCGCGCGUGAAAUAAUGGGGCAAGACGCGGAAAAGGAAGAUCGAUUUGUAACUCCUAAUUAGCGUGUGCCAUAUUUUUAUUUUAUUUUACUUUUUCGUAACGUUCAGCUGAUAAGAUAAGGCGUCAGGAGAAGACUGAUGUAUAUACAAUUUUUAUUACUAAUCUUUUACCGUUGGAUUCGUGAGCGCGAAGAAUUGCGGGAAAUCGCGCGCAGACGUUGACGUUUUAUAUUUUUGAUAUUCUCCACCGUCGUCGGCAUUGAAUCGUGCUCAAUUAGUUGGUAGGUAUGUUGUACUUGAGAAUUCAAAUAAAACCUUUUUGCUUUGA